GUCACGUGAUCUUUGCGCGCUCCCGCCGGGGAGCGGAGUCCGGACGGUGGCGCUGCAGGGGACGGAGGGGCAGACUGAAGAACCGUCGGAGCUGUGGUGCGCCGCAUCUUUCGCCGGGACGCCAGCGCGGAGGACACGAUGUCGGGGCUCGCUCGCCUGCUCUUCUGGGCCGCCACCUGCCUGGUUGCCUUCUGCGCGCUCUCGGUGGAGGCGAACUCCACCGUGACCCCCAAUGUGACUGAACCCUCGACUCUAGCGCCCACCAAGACAGUCCCCACGCCGGUGCCGACGCCCUCGCACCCCACCACCGUCCCAGCACCAGAAACCUGUGGAAACCAUAACAGCUGUGUUUCCUGUAUUAAUGCUACUAGCAUUGCUAAUACUACCUGCUUUUGGAUAGAAUGUAAAGAUAAAAACUACUGUUCAAAUACUUCAGAAGUUACUAAUUGUACUACAGGAAAUAGGACUGACUUCUGUUCUGUGCCUACUGUUACUCCAACACCAACCAAUGCUACAGCUAAAACCACAACUCCGCCUUCCCCAUCUACAGCUUCCACAACAGUUGUCACAUCAGGUGCAUCCAAUACCACUUUGACUCCGACCUCACAACCUCCUCGGAAGUCUACCUUUGAUGCAGCCAGUUUCAUUGGAGGAAUUGUUCUUGUCUUGGGCGUGCAGGCUGUAAUUUUCUUUCUCUAUAAAUUCUGCAAAUCUAAAGAACGAAAUUACCACACUCUGUAAGCAGACCCAGUAAAUUAAUAAGAACUGGCAAUUCAUUCAUGUAAUUCACUGAAACCAAAAUAAUUGCCUUUCGAGAAAGUCCCACACAGAAGAUGUUAUUCUGGGAUCUUUAAAUUUCCAAAGGAUGCAUAUAGGAUAUUUUGAAGCAUUAUCUUUGAAGAAAAGUCAGUUAAAUCAUUGUGCCGAACAGGAAUAUUUAAAAUAUUCUGCAUGAAUCCUUGUGGCUGUGGUUUUUUUAAUUUGAUGUGGCUGCUUCUGUGGGGUUAUGUUUCUUUACAUGCCAAAUGUCACUUCGCUAAGUGACGGAAAACGUCCUGUGCAAACAGCCUCCUGACUGUUGGCAGUUUAAAUUUAGUCACCUGAAGGCCUGAAAAGUUCAUUUUUUUAAAAUUCAAUUUAAGAGGUAGUUUAGUGACCAGAAUCGAAAAGGGUGUGCCAAAUGAGCAGCAGUGUAGGUGGAUUUUUGGCUAUCAUUUCAAAAGCAUAAUAAAUUUAUUAAUUUAGUACUAAACUGUAUUCUUAGAGUAAAAUGUUGUGCUUUGUAAGUUAUUUUUUUCUACAUUAGAAAUAAGAUGCCACGCAGGGAAUUACAUUCCAGAUCUAAAGAAAUGAAUGGAAAGGUUAAAUGGAAAGGUGAAAACCACCAUUGUAAAGCAGGUUAUGGUUCAUGCUGCAGAGCAUCUUCUACCAUUGAGGAGACAAAGAACAGCGAGUGCCUUACAAGACAGACCAAAAGGUGAGCUGUGAUGGAAAAUCAUGUACGAUUUGUUCUUCAACAUUAAGGAAGGUCAAGAUUGUUCUGAGGAUGUAGUGAUUGAUAGGAGCAGUAAUAAACCUGCUUUUAGCUAUCAUGCUUUUACCCAUAUUAAUCCAAAGUAUACCUACUUUAUUUUCAGAGCUGAGAAACUUAAGCUAAGGAAUUACAAAAAGCUGAAAGCCUUCCAUAUAUUGAACUUUCCAAUAUUUUUCUUAGGGCCGCAUAAAGAAUACGGAGAAAAUUCGUUAUCUUUCCUUUGUACUUAAAAAGUAUCCUACUACUAUUGUACUUUGAAAGAAUUUCUUCGAAGCAGUUCUUGGAAGGUAACUUCUUUCCCAAGGCAAGGAAAUAAGUUUUAAAAACAAUGACUAGCUUUUAAAAUGUGACAAUCAUUUCAAGUUUUCAGACAGAAAAUAUGGAACCCUAAAAUCUUAAGAUUUUUGAUCAUAUUACUAGAGAUCUUCUUAACACCCUGGGUGAAUAGAAUGAUUUUUUUCCCUUUGUUUCUUGGAACACAAUAGUCUGAUCAUGCAUAUUUUUGUUUUUAUAAGCUUUGAAAGGCUUUCAAAGUAUGGAUUUUUUUUUUGUUUUUAGUUUUAGAAGGCUAAUUCUCCCUUUGCCUUUGACACAUUGGAUAAGGUCAGAGACUUAGUUGGAAAUGGGCUUUUGCUUUUCUAGGUCAUUAAAGUUGUUUUAGUUUAUUUAGCCGGAAGUAAAUUUAGCACUUGGUUUUCAUUAUUUUAUAGUUGGAAAUUACAAAUGGCUUUGGUUCAUUUCAUAAACUUGUAUUUAGGUUGAUUGUAUUAAAGAUUCUUAAAAUGAAGCGUUACUGUUUCUUUGUCACUUGCUGGUGCAGCUAAAGUUUGUUUUACUUGCACAUUUGUACAUAUACCUAAUGUUUUCAAGUGCCUUAAUUGUUUAAAAUCUCUGAUUUCAAAGGGUUUUGGGGAAUGGUAGGUUUACCUCACAGUUUUGUGUUGUCAUUAGUAAUAUUCUGGGUACCUCACAACUUAUAAUGGUGCCAGGGCUUAGUUUUUUAGUAAGUGCUGUAAGAUUCAUUUGAGAAUAUAUAGAAUUUCCAUUCUUCACAAGGUGGCAGGCAUUAGCUACAAUGAUAUGAUUGUCAUUUACCUGGGUAUAAAUUCCUUGCCACACAUUGUCAACACAUGUAGCAAAUUUUGUCAAAAUGUAACUUGUUUUGAAGAUUCUGUAACUUUAAGCACUGUGCUAACAGUAGGAAAGUUAGAUUUUGCAAGUCUACAGAUGAGCUCUUGCAACAGAACUCAGCCUUUCCCAACUCUUUCCCCCUUACUUUGCCAGUGUAGUAUCUUGAGCCAUUAACAUUUUUUUGGGUUUUUUUUUAAUCCAGAAGGUAUAUAGAAAUGUUUUCAGAUUUUUCAUCUGAUUUGUUCAUGCAAAUGUAGUUCUAUCAAAUACCUUAUUUUAUCUUACAGAUACUUGUUGCACAGGCAGAUACUGCUGUACUUAGGAAUUUCUAUUUUAGUUCAUUAAAAACUGCAAACCAACCUGUAUCAUGUACCAAACUGAUUUAAAAUAAAUCUACCUGUUUAUUGAA